AUGGACAGGGAAUGGAGACCAGAGGCCGACUCCAGCCCCUGGGGCCCUUUCGUGGGCAAGGACUUUACAAAUGAGGCCAUAACACACACCGACAUCGCCAUAAUAUGUGUGGUUUCUACUUCUAUUCCACAGUUCGUGAGUAUCCCAAAGGCUCUACGCAACCUUUCCGACAAGUCAUUCUCGCUGUUGAUGUGGUGUAUUCAAGUCCAGCUGCUACUCCAGAUCAUCAUCAACAGAAUCCGCCUUAUCGUACCCGAUCGCUACCGUUCACGAAUGAUCAUGAUUGCAACUGCGGGUAUUGUGACUGCGAUCAACAUCAGCGUUUUCAACAUCUGGGUUCCGGCCCGCCUCCAAGUCAAUCAUACGUAUAUACUCGUGAAUGAGAUCUGGGACCGCAUCGAAAAGGUCAUCUAUCUUCUAAUCGAUGCCGCACUCAAUUGGUAUUUCUUGAAAGUAGUAAAAGCCAACCUCAUCAACAACGGCCUCCAAAAGUACAACAAGCUCCUCCGCUUUAACCAGAAGAUUAUCGUCGUCUCCCUUCUCAUGGACGUCAUGAUAAUCGCCGCAAUGUCGAUUCCGAACUCCUUCAUAUACAUUCAAUUCCACCCCCUCGCCUACCUCGUAAAGCUCAACAUUGAAAUGACCAUGGCCAAUCUCAUCAAGCGUAUUGCCGUGUCUACAUCCCGCAAAAACCAAGGUGUCCGCUCGCGCGUCGCAGAGGAGUUCGACUCCUCGAACCUGUCCACCUCGGGUCAGAAAUCCAGCGCCACGCGCGGGACUCACGCACGCCGCUCAUCGAUCGUCGAGUUGUCUAGCUUCGGGCUCAAGUCAGCGUCUGGGCGUGAAGCCUCCGGCCGGGCAGUCAGCUUCAUGCCCACGGGCGAUCAGAUCAAGGUCACGAAAGAUAUACAUAUUCGGAGCGAGCCUAUUGAAGGGGGUGUUUUGGGGCCUGCUGGCGAGAACGUGCAGGUGAAGGGAUUGAACCCGGGAGAGAUGAGCGUAGUGCAGAGUAAGAGCUUGGAUGAUCUGACCGAGGGCGGGAGCGUGAAGAGUGAUUAUAUGCAGGGGAAGGGAGAUAGCGAUGACGAGAGGGAGCUCGUGAGUCAUCAGAAGAAGGGAUCGUGGCAUAGGUUAGGGUAG